AUGUUUGCCGCAGGGGCAUUGUGCUGCUUUGUUGCAAGUGCAUUCCUGCAAGGCCAGAGUUUCGAGUGCCCUGCUCGUCAUCUUGACAGCAUUGGGCUGUCUGCGAGCGAGUGGGGUCGUGGGUUCAAGCGGAGCGGAUUUAGAAACUGUAUUUCUAUCGUUACCCCAGCAGCACACCACAACAGAGGCGGUGCCGACCUGGAAAUGUCCAGCACGACCGCAACAAGCGUGUGGGCGACAUGCGGCGAGCCCGAGGUCCGUCGAUGUCCUGCAGGAGGCCCUCUUUCUUCACCGCAAGAAUUUCUUCUUGCCAAUCCUCCAGGCCCGUACACGUGCCUGAGGACGGUCGACCAUCGGUCGGUAGCCAUGCUGCCGUUCCAUCUGGACAGGCUCUGGCAUUCUUCUCAAGCCACCGGUUUUGGACCCGCGGCAAGGGCGCAAGGUCGGCAGUCGCUAGAACAGGGGACGGUGGAGACCAUUGCUCGGGUGACCGAAUCGUUUCGACAAGGUAUUUACAUUGUGGAAAAAACAGAGAACGCUGGCGGCGGCUGUCCAGAGUGCAUGACGACAGUCUUGUACACGCACCGCCGCAGGCCUGGCAAAGAAGACGUAGGCGAGGGCUUGUCGGACGACGACCAACCCGAAGGAGCGACGGCCUUUACGGGCGCCAGAACGUCGGAGAGUCCACGAAAAGAGGCAGCCAGACGGACGAAAAACAGUAAAAUAUGCAUCAUGGCGCAUGCCUGGCCUUUGCCCACGCCCCCGGUGGAUGGAAGGCCCGCGGGAGUGAAGGUGCUCAUUGCCGGAUCGGGCAGAUCGUGCCCAGAGGCGAAGCACUCGAGCUGGUUGCGAGAUAGGAAACGACUGGACGAGCUCAAAGCUCAGACGCGGCGCCCGGUGCUAAAGCUUAUCUCGCGUGAUGUCUUCGUGCGGCUCGCAGUCUCUGCAGUGACGUUCGUGCAUUACGUGUGUCUUGCUGUUGGUGCACAGGAGGUAGUGCUGUCCGAGAUUGGGUUUUCACCUGAGGGGACUACUCGGAGACUCCUUCUAGAAGGCAUGAAAAGGUCGUCACAAGCGUGGACGCUUCCAACGUUCCCAGAACCAAAGGUCAUCCUUCAUCCCCGGUGCUCGCCUGGUCUUCAACGAGCCUUGCCAACUGAUUCCGCACUGACGUCAUCGUCGCCAUUACUGCGAGACGUGGUCCGUCGAACGGAUCAAUAUUCGCCCACAAUCGCAAACCCUAAGGUUUUGGAGCGCCUCCCGGCGCUAAACACCACCCCUCCGCACAAAUCAGGACUUACCUCCAACUUCUUCGUCGUGGAGGAAGAUGGAGCAGUGUGCACAGCGCCAUCGGGAGUGCUCUUGGGAGGGAUGCGCCAACUCUUGAUCUCGGUGUGCGACAAAGAGGGAAUCGAAGUCCGUUUAGACGCUCCCGAUAUUUCCAGGGCUGGUCGCUGGCGAGAGGCAUUCCUGACAGGAACCGGGCGAGUAGUGGCCCCAGUCUCCACUCUUAUCGUGCCCGAGAUUGAAGAUUCAAGCAAGAUCACUCGAGGAAGCGGUGCGGAGGUGGCCUUGUCCAAGAUAGGCAUUCCGUGCCCCCCGGGAAACAUCGCCACGGUUGGUGGAAAACCCGUGCCAUCGCUGGCGGAGACUCUUCGCAGUCGCGUGGUCGCAGAGCUUGGAGAAGCGGCGACACAGAUUUUCUAGUUUUGCUUCCUUCCGGAAUCAAUCGCUAGAUGCACAGUCAUUUCAACACCAAAAUGUAUCCACUUUGUGUUGUGCGGU